GUCUCGGCCAUGCCUCCCCUCCCUAUCCCCCUCUUCCUGACACUGCUACAACUUCUAGUACUUACUUAUGUGAGCGGUGGGGCAUACUAUGGACACAAGCAACACCCUCAGCAAUAUCAGCCGAUGCAGCACCUCCAACACAUGGGCAUGGGCAAAGAAGGCUUUCCCCAGCAGCAGUACCUUGGAAAAGAGGUGCCCUAUAUGCAGUAUCCCCAGUACAGGAAGGAGCUACCCCAGAUGCCCAUGCACAAGGGCAAAGAAAAUGCUCGUAAAGGGGGCGGCUAUAAUGGUGGCCAAGACAAAGGUCAGACAAUCCCUAGUGGUGCUGAGGGAAUUCCCCAAGGAGAGCCAGGACCAGCAGGGCCACCUGGGCCGGAGGGACCACCAGGGCCUCCUGGACCUCCAGGUAAUGGACAGCCAGGACCUGCAGGACGACCUGGACCUCCUGGUCCACCAGGAGUGCCUGGAGUGGGUAAACCAGGUUUGUCAGGACAGCCAGGCAAGCCAGGGGGAAAUGGUGAGGCUGGACCACAAGGAGAAAUGGGCCCUAGAGGUGAAGAAGGGCCAUCUGGACAACCAGGGCCUCAGGGUCCCCCAGGACCACCUGGGCUACCAGGAAUAGGUAAACCAGGGGUACAUGGAUUACCAGGCCAACCAGGGCCUAAAGGAGAGCCAGGUCACAAAGGUCUGCCAGGACUUCCAGGAUUACCAGGACCCAAAGGAGACAAGGGGAUGGGCCAACCAGGACAACCUGGUCACAAAGGGCUCCCAGGGCUCCCAGGCCCUGCUGGUCCAAGAGGGCUGCCUGGUUUCGGAAAACCUGGGUUAAAUGGGGCACCAGGACCACAAGGACCACCGGGAGAGAAAGGACAUCCUGGAGAGCAAGGACCAGCUGGGCCACCUGGUGAAGAAGGACAACCUGGCCCAUCAGGUGUACCUGGUCAAGGAAAACCAGGUCAAAAUGGCUUACCAGGACAGCCAGGCAUGCCAGGUGGGAAAGGUCACCCAGGACCCCCAGGUUUGCCAGGAAAGCCAGGACUGCCUGGAUUUGGUAAACCAGGACUCCCAGGACCAAAGGGUGACAAAGGUAUGAGUGGGCCACCAGGACCUCCAGGAACAAAAGGAGAUAAGGGCCAUGGAGGACUUCCUGGUAUGCUUGGACCCCCUGGACCAAAUGGUCCACCAGGUGCUCCAGGCCCUAUGGGACCCUCAGGAGGUUUAGGUGCACCUGGUCCUAAAGGAGACUGUGGAGAAGGAGGGCCUAAAGGGCUUGAUGGAGCUCAGGGUGAGCCUGGUCCUUCUGGGAUGCCCGGUAAGAAUGGUCUGCCUGGAGAGCGUGGAGAACCAGGACCAAGAGGUCCACCAGGAACAAGUGGUCCCAAGGGAGAAGGUGGGCAUAAAGGCCUACCUGGUACCCCUGGCACUCCAGGCCUUCCUGGGCCAAAAGGACAAGGUGGGUUACCUGGUGAAGGGGGACCUCAAGGUCCUAAAGGAAUCCCUGGAAUGGACGGUGCAGCAGGACCAAUUGGGCCUCCUGGUCUUCCAGGGCAAAAAGGAGACAGUGGUCCACCUGGUUUACCAGGCAUUGCAGGUGAGGGGAUUCCAGGUCUUAAUGGUCCCAUAGGACCCCCAGGGAAAGAUGGCUCCUCAGGACCCCCUGGACAACCAGGUCAGUCUGGCCCUCCUGGACCACCAGGCCCACCAGGAGAACCUGGUCUUUCUCCCGACAUGGCUGGAGUCCUCUCUCAGAUGGGCCCUGGACUAGAUGGUGUUAAGGCUGGUAGUUAUGGUAAGAAGGGCAAGUAUGGAGGCAAUGGGGCAGAAGUAAUGGGUGCCAGCGGGUUGGAAAUGCCAGCAUUCACAGCUGUAGUAACAACUCCCUUUCCACCUGUGGACACUCCAGUCAUCUUUGACAAGCUGUUGUACAAUGGUCGCCAAAACUACAACCCUGAUACAGGAAUUUUCACCUGUGACAUGCCUGGAAUUUAUUACUUUGCCUACCACAUUCAUUGCAAAGGAGCUAAUGUGUGGGUGGCUUUGAUGAGGAACAAUGAGCCAGUGAUGUAUACAUAUGACGAAUACAAAAAGGGUUUCCUAGAUCAAGCAUCAGGAAGUGCAGUAUUACCUCUACAACCUGGGGACACUGUAUAUAUUCAGCUGCCCUCAGAUCAGGCAUCAGGACUUUAUGCUGGGCAGUAUGUGCACUCCUCCUUUUCCGGGUAUUUGUUAUAUCCGAUGUAAAACCACAAACUCCAGGGAGAGAGAGGCUUCAGUGGGAACAAAAUGGGAGCAUAUUUCUGUACAAUAUAAAACAUGAUCAUAAACCAAUUUAGACUGAGCAGUCUUGUUAAUGUAAAGUCAACAGACUAUUGAUCUUGU